GCAACAACUGCAUCUGUGUCCUUUCCCACCUCAUUCCCGCGGCUGAGUAAUAAAAGCAGAGAAACGGACGGCCACCACAACCCACCCCAUAUAUCCGAAAGAAACAACUCACAUGGCAUUGGCUCUAAACAGCAUAAUCCCCCUCACCACAGCUUUAAGCCUAAGCACUUCUCUGCCCUCUCCCAGAAAGCCCUCGAGCCCUCAAUUCCAACUGCAUCACAACCGCCGUCAGAGAGGUCAGAUUGUCCAGAGCGCUGCCUCUUCCUCCUCCAACACCGCUGUGUCAGAUGUUAAGCUGCAGCUCCAGGAGGAGGACCCCAGCAAUGGCUUCAAUCCCAUUUCCACUUUUGCUUCUGCGUGGUCCGAAUUUGCCAGGAAUGUGUCCGGUGAAUGGGAUGGCCAUGGAGCAGACUUCACAAGGGAAGGGUGCCCAAUAGAACUUCCCGAGAAUGUUGUACCUGCAGCUUACAGGGAGUGGGAGGUUAAGGUUUUUGAUUGGCAGACUCAAUGCCCCACUCUUGCUAACGCAGAUGAGCACAUUCUUUUAUACAAGAAUAUAGAGCUACUUCCUACAGUUGGAUGUGAAGCUGAUGCCGCCACUCGAUAUAGAAUCAUUGAGAAGAAUAUUGGUGGUCAGAGUAACGAAGUUUCUGCCUUUGCAUAUCAGUCUAGUGGAUGUUAUGUGUCUGUCUUGCCAAUUCAGGAUAAGGGUACGUAUAAGUUACUGGAGUUAGAGUAUUGCUUGAUCAAUCCUGAAGAUAAAGAGUCUCGGGUGAGAAUGAUUCAGGUCAUCCGCAUAGAGAAUCAGAAAAUGCUGCUGGAGAAUAUUAGAGUUUACUGUGAGAAUUGGUAUGGGCCAUUCAGAGAUGGGGAUCAGUUAGGUGGAUGUGCUAUCCGUGAUUCUGCCUUUGCUUCUACGGCUGCAUUGGAAGCUUCAGAAGUUGUUGGAACUUGGCGAGGUCCCAGUGCUGUUGCCAGUUUCAGUGGUACUCAGAUUAAUGUUCUUCAAGAACUUUUAGACAACAGCGAGCAGAGCUCCGUAAGAGAUGAAAGUGGUCUCGUAUUGCUUCCCAAGCAGCUGUGGUGUUCAGUGAAAGAAACUAAAGAUGGUGAUACAUACAGCGAGGUAGGAUGGCUGUUAGAUCAUGGACGUGCCAUCACAUCAAGAUGCACCUUCUCAAGCACAGCAACGCCAAAGGAAAUCUCGGUAGCAAAUGAAACUGCAGUUUGAAGGGUACAUAGACAUUUCGGAUUAACUCCGACGCUCAAUACGCAAGCUGACGCAAACACAAAUCUAGGACUCAUGAAAUGCAUCCCAAGUUUUUCUCUUCCUGUCUUUUUUUUUUUUUUUUUUUUUUGGUGAUAUAUUUGAUUAAAUGUAUAGCAAUAAGCCAUCCGCAUCAAGCAGCCAAUAAUGUAUGUAGAAAAAUUGUGUCAUUUUCUUCAAAUUCAUAGUAUUAUUAUACCACAUGCCCUGGAAUUUGGAUCCAAA